AUGCCCAACAGACUACCUACAGCAGCAAUCGAUAUGCUCUCACUCCGCGCAACCGUAUUGUGCCUCGCGACACUGGCCUGUGGCCUUGCGCAAACGACGACCGGCUUGUCCCACAAGGCUGGCAAAGAAGCACAACUCUUCAUCCACAAUAUGGACCCAAAUGCGCAGUGGGCAGCCUCGAUACAGAACGCGUGUCACGGCUCGACGACCUACGUUCUUUCGUGUACUUCAGCAGCAAACGAUGCUUGCAGCCCUCAGACAGCUACCAUAACCGAAGGCACCGACUUUUACAUGGUCACCACGCCAGCCAUAUACAGCGAAACCUCCGCCACAUACACCGAGUCUUGUACACUGGACCCGGAGAAGUCUUCCGCGUUAUGUACUGCCACCAUUGUAGCUGGUCAAUUCGGCCACGACAUAGCGAUAACCAUCAGCUACAACUUGACUGGAACGAAUUACUACCAGUACGAUGUGCAGGUUACAGCUGGCGCUGACCACACCGCGAAUGGUGGUGCCUGCCUUGCCCAUGUCAAAGGAGCAGCGCACUCGCCACGUCUCGGCGGUGGACUUCAAGACAUUGCCAUCGUUGGCGCCGUGCUCCUGGCUGGUCUAAGCAUUCUUCUGGCCUUAUAG